AUGCCACCAGCGAUAGGUCUCCGGCGCCUUAGUGGUUUACUUGAGAACUUAUUUCAGGUUUUAAAAUCUGGCAGUGCAUUAUUUCAUCGUAUUCCGUUGCCAUUCAGCGAGAGACACUAUAUGAAGAAUUAUGUCAUCCGCGGUGAACUUGAUGACAUUGAAUUCCCACCUGACCGACGGAAGCUGUAUCCUCUUCUUCGCACUCCGGUUUUAGGAAGUGGUGAACGGAUGUACAAAUAUCCUAGAAGACAUUAUGAUCUUCGAGGUCCUGAAACUGUCAACCACUUGUUGAAUCAUUCCCAGUUCGGUAUUCAGGCUCUCGAGGGUGGGGAACUCCUAAUUGGACACCUAGAUAUGAUUCGCGCAACUGUCAAUAGGAAAAUUGACGAGAAGAGAAUGUUUGCCGUAUGGCGAGUACCCGGACCUUGGAAACCGAAAACGAGAAAAUCUCUCGGCAAACGAAUGGGAGGAGGGAAAGCCGACAUUCAUCACUACGUCACACCCGUUCGAGCCAACAGGAUUAUAGUAGAACUCGGCGGCCACCUUGAAUGGCGUGAGGCCUCUCGUAUACUAACCGGAAUUGCCAACCUCUUGCCCUUCAGUGCGCGGUUCGUGUCCCAGGAACUACUCGACAUGGAGGCAAAACUGGAAUUCUACAUUGCUGAGAAGAACGUCAACCCCUUUUAUCCUCCAGGCCGGGCGCUGCUGAAAAACUACGCAGGAUGUCGGUCUUUUAUCAGCCCCUGGCACCUCGAGUGGGGCGAUACCAGUUUCAAGUGA